UAUUUGGCUAGUUCCAUUAGACUACGUCGCUUGAACAACGAGUCUCCUCAACCUAUAUAUCUGUCUUCUCCUCCAUCUCCAUCCUCCAUCUCUCUCUCUCUCUCUCCUGCGAAUUGAACAGCCAACACAAAGCGCGUCAUGGCGAUAAGGACGGUGAAAGUCAAUAACCUUUCCUUGACAGCAUCUGAGCAAAACAUAAGGGAGUUCUUCUCUUUUUCCGGUGAAAUCGAUCGUGUUGAAAUGCAUAGUGAUGAUGAACGGUGCCAGAUUGCAUAUGUUACUUUCAAGAAUCCUGAAGGAGCAGAGACUGCAGCUAUGCUUUCGGGUGCGACCAUUGUCGAUCAGGCAGUCACUAUAGCUCUAGCACCAGAUUACAAAGAACCAGAUGAUGCUUCCUCAUUUCCGACUGAAACUGAGAACAAGGGAGCUGCUGCUGCAUCUCCUGUCCAGAAGGCAGAGGAAGUCGUAAGCAGCAUGCUAGCUAAGGGAUUUGUCUUAGGCAAAGAUGCGCUUAACAGAGCAAAAGCAUUGGAUGAGAAACACCGUGUCACUGCAACUGCUACAGCAACAGUUGCUUCUAUAGACCAGAAGAUCGGUCUAAGUGAAAAAUUCAGUGCUGGAACAACUGUAGUGAAUGAGAAAAUGAAGGAAGUGGACCAGAAGUUCCAGGUUUCGGAGAAGACAAAAUCUGCAAUAGCAGCUGCGGAGCAGACAGCAAGCACUGCAGGGUCCGCCAUCAUGAGUAACCGUUAUGUGCUGACUGGGGCCGCAUGGGUCGCUGGUGCAUAUAGCAGGGUCACCAAGGCAGCUGGGGAAGUGGGGCAGAAGACACAAGAGAAGCCAGUGGCUGAGGAGGAAUCACAGGGAAGGAAAACCUGAAAGGAACCUUUGAAUUCAACAAAAAACUGCUGACGUGAUAGCAUCCUUCGGGAUCCUGUCGGCUCAAGGUUUCUUAACUUGAUUUGGUAGUAUCUUUGGCUAUAGAUGUUUGGUAUUUCUAAGAUCUUGGUGUUGCUGGUUGAUAGGAGUUUUGCGAGCUUUUGGAGAAAUUCAAAUAUAUACUCACGGGCCUGUUUAUAAGUUGAGCUUGAAACUGCGAUAAAUUGGGAUAACAACCGAAUUCUUCUCUUUGCGUUGCAAUGGAACCUAGUUUGUAGAAUAAGCUCUUAAAUCAA